GAAACAAAUGCAUCGCAAUAUGUUGCCAUUAUGCGCAUUAUGUGUGUAUGAUGUGUUGAUAUUAAGAUUUUCUGCAUUACUCUAAAUUUUUAGUGUUUAUUCUUGCAUUCCUAUAGCAAUUGCAAGUCAACAAUAUAAUUUCUAUUAUAUAAUUUAGAUGGUAUUUUAAGAUAGUUUUUUUCAAAAAAGGUAAGCCAUCAUGCAGAUUUUCGUGAAAACUCUCACGGGUAAGACUAUAACCCUUGAGGUGGAAGCCUCUGAUACUAUUGAAAAUGUAAAAGCCAAGAUCCAAGACAAGGAAGGCAUUCCACCUGAUCAACAGCGACUCAUUUUUGCUGGCAAGCAACUUGAAGAUGGACGUACUCUCUCUGAUUAUAAUAUCCAAAAAGAGUCCACUCUUCAUCUCGUACUUCGUCUUCGAGGAGGUGUAAUUGAACCAACACUGCGUAUACUUGCACAAAAGUAUAACUGUGACAAGAUGAUCUGCCGCAAGUGUUAUGCUCGUCUUCAUCCACGUGCAACUAAUUGUCGAAAAAAGAAAUGUGGACAUACAAAUAACAUUCGUCCAAAGAAGAAGCUAAAGUAAACUGUUGAUUUUACAGAAGUUGUACUUCUUACAUAUUAAAUAGCAAAUGAUGAAACUGGUCUACACUUGA